GAGCUGCUUCCACUCAGGAACCAUGGACCAGAAAACAGUGCUCAUCACAGGCUGCUCCUCAGGGAUAGGCUUGGCGCUGGCAGUCAGGAUCGCCAAGGAUGAGAAAAAGAGGUUUAAAGUUUACGCCACCAUGAGAAACCCAAGUAAAAGUGAAAAGCUAGUAGAAGCAGCCGGAAGAACCCUGGGCAGAACGCUAGAGAUCAAGCAGCUGGAUGUGUGUGAUGAGAAAUCCAUCAAGGCGUGCGUGGACAGCAUUCCUAACCGCGGGGUUGACAUUCUGAUCAGCAAUGCAGGAAUGGGGCUCAUUGGACCGAUUGAGUGUCAGUCCCUGGAGGAGAUGAAGGCAGUGAUGGACACAAACUUCUUCGGACUGGUCAGGCUCCUCAAAGAGAUCCUGCCUGACAUGAAGAGGAGAAAGAGGGGCCACAUUGUUGUGAUCAGCAGUGUAAUGGGUAUUCAAGGGAUCUUGUUCAAUGAUAUCUACGCUGCAUCUAAAUUUGCCGUGGAGGGUUUCUGUGAGAGUCUGGCUAUUCAGGCACUAAGGUUUAAUCUCAACCUUACCCUGAUCGAGCCUGGCCCUGUGAUCACUGAAUUCGAACGGAAGGUUUAUGAAGAAGGCCUCAAGACGGACCUUUCUGCAGCAGAUAAAGAGACUGCCAACAUGUUCACCAACAUUUACCUUAAAAAUUACAACCAGAUCUUCCAGAGCCUUGGUCAAACCCCAGAGGAAAUAGCAGAGCACACGCACAAGAUAAUCACCACAGACAACCCGCCAUUCCGUCACCAGACCAACAAGCUGUACACCCCCAUGACCACCCUCAAGUACGCAGAUCCCCACGGAGACCUGCCCAUUGACACCUUCUACAAAAUGGUGUUCGAACACGACAAAAUCUUCAACGCCAGCCUCAACUUCAUCAAAAUGCUGCGCUGGGGGAGUCGCAAGAGCUUCAGCCUGGGGAAGCCUCAGCCGUGAAAACACGCAAACUGCACCAAAGAACACCAGGCCCCCCCCCCCCCCAACGGCUCUUGACAUUUCUGUUGUUGCCUUGUGGCCAUUCUGUGCACCCGUCUUCUCUGUAUUAACACUGCUCAAAAGAAAACUUCCUGUAAAAACAAUAUAGAUCAUUGGUGACAAGGCUAAAGAUAUGUUUUAAAAUAAUUUAGA